UCUUGAUAUGUAUAAAAUUAAAAACUCAUCACUACUGUUUCAUAUUACAUUCUUAAGAGAAAAAAAAAAUGGACAAAAGUCCAAUAACCCAAGCUUCAAGUUCUCAUCAAACUCAUUAUGUUGAUGUUCAUGAAAUCUUGCCUAACGUUAAAGAAAAAGAAAUAACUUCUAGUACUAUGGUUGAGAAAGCAACCGGGAAUAACAAUACUAAUAAGCGUGUGAAUAGGCCUAUUCGAGUUAGAGAUAUAAGGAGGAACCCAAGGAGUAAUUUUAGUAGACAAGUUUCACUUGAGACCGGUUUUGCGGUGCUUAACAAAGAAUUAUCUAAAGCUAAAGAUGAGAGGAUGGGGCCAUCACUUCCUAGAAGUGGAAGGAGCUUUGGAGGUUUUGAUUUGGCGAACCAGAUUGGAAUUGAAGGAAGAAAGAGAGAUUUUAGUAUGUUCAAAACUAAAUCCACUCUUAGUAAGCAGAACUCUUUGUUGCCAUUAAGGAAAGAUCAGAAAGAUAUUGAUCAAUCUCAUAAGAUUGAAGGCUCAGUUGAAGAGCGUGAUGAGUCUGUUAAUGAAAGUGUUCCAGUUGGGAGGUACUAUGCUGCACUUACAGGACCUGAGCUCGACCAAGUCAAGGAAAAUGAGGACAUUCUUCUACCCAAAGAUGAGAAAUGGCCAUUUCUACUUCGAUUUCCAAUUGGGUGUUAUGGUAUAUGUCUAGGCCUAAGCAGCCAAGCUGUUUUAUGGAGAGCUUUGGCAGCAAGCCCGGCUAUCAAAUUUCUCCACAUAAGCCCUUUCAUAAACCUUGCCAUAUGGCUCUUAGCCCUAGCUGUUGUGGUCUCAGUCUCUUUCACUUACAUUCUCAAAUGCAUAUUCUACUUUGAAGCUGUUAAAAGAGAAUACUUCCACCCAGUUCGAGUAAACUUCUUUUUUGCUCCAUGGGUGGUAGGCAUGUUCUUAGCCAUUAGUAUCCCUCCAAUGUUAUCCCCUAAAACACUUCACCCUGCCAUUUGGUGCAUUUUCAUGGGGCCUUACUUCUUUCUUGAGAUAAAAAUCUAUGGACAGUGGCUUUCAGGGGGCAAGAGAAGGCUAUGCAAAGUUGUAAACCCCUCGACUCAUUUAUCCGUGGUAGGAAAUUUCGUCGGAGCUAUACUAGCUUCGAAGGUCGGGUGGAAUGAGCCUGCCAAGUUCUUGUGGGCAGUUGGUUUCGCUCAUUAUCUUGUGGUGUUUGUCACUUUAUAUCAGAGGUUGCCAACAAGUGAGGCUUUGCCUAAGGAGCUACACCCGGUCUACUCAAUGUUUAUAGCUGCUCCCUCAGCUGCCAGUCUUGCUUGGCGAACCAUCUAUGGAGAGUUUGAUGGUUGUUCCAGGACCUGCUUUUUCAUAGCUCUGUUUCUCUACUUUUCACUAGUUGUACGGAUCAAAUUCUUCACAGGGUUUAGGUUUUCAGUGGCAUGGUGGUCUUACACCUUCCCAAUGACGACUGCUUCAGUAGCUACCAUCAAGUAUGCAGAAGACGUACCUUCGAUUCCAAGCAAGGGCCUCGCAAUAACCCUUUCUUUCGUGUCCACUGCAAUGGUUUCAGUGUUAAUUGUUUCCACUAUUCUUCAUGCCUUUGUUUGGCGCACAUUGUUUCCAAAUGACUUGGCAAUUGCAAUAACAAACAAAAGACAUAACAAAGACAAGAAACCCUUCAAAAAAGCUUAUGAUAUUAAACGCUGGACUAAGCAUGCUCUCACCAAACAUGGGAACAAGAAUUUUGAAGGAGAUACUGUUGAUUCCCAAAGCAACCAGAUGAAAUAAAGCUAUCAGAAGAAAGUAUUCUUACACUGUUAUUUGGUGUUGGUUUCAUACACCAAAUAAAAUAAGAAAUUUGUGAAAACAAUCCCAGGUAAUUGCUAGUUAUUUUGCAACUGUCACAUUAGUGUAGGAGCUACUAAGGUUUAACGUUUUUGUAUUAGUUUGAAGGAGUCGAUUGCAUUAAACUUACAAAUUGUAAUUUUUAUAUCAUUAUCCUGUGAACAAAACACAGAUUAGAAAAGAAAUGGCUACAAAUCUUCUAUUUUGUAGAAGAAAAAAACUUAAAGAGGAGCAAGGACUGUACUUUUGUAUAUUUCUGAACUGAGC